CGUAUAUAAGCGGCCUGCGGGGCGUUCCCUAGCGUUGGGGUUGCCGAGGGGGUGUCUGGAAACGUUGGUUUGGUGAGUGGCCUGCGCUCGCUGAGGCGGCACGUCAGAGACCAUGGCGGAGGGAGAUAAUCGUAGCACCAACCUGCUGGCUGCAGAGACUGCAAGUCUGGAAGAGCAGCUGCAAGGAUGGGGAGAAGUGAUGCUGAUGGCCGAUAAAGUCCUCCGAUGGGAAAGAGCUUGGUUUCCACCUGCCAUCAUGGGUGUGGUUUCUUUGGUGUUUCUGAUUAUCUACUAUCUAGAUCCAUCUGUUCUGUCUGGUGUUUCCUGUUUUGUUAUGUUUUUGUGCUUGGCUGACUACCUGGUUCCCAUUCUAGCACCUAGAAUUUUUGGCUCCAAUAAAUGGACCACAGAACAACAGCAAAGAUUCCAUGAAAUCUGCAGCAAUCUGGUAAAAACUCGACGCAGAGCUGUGGGCUGGUGGAAACGCCUCUUUACACUAAAGGAAGAAAAGCCUAAAAUGUACUUCAUGACCAUGAUUGUUUCUCUUGCUGCGGUUGCUUGGGUGGGACAGCAAGUCCACAACCUCCUUCUCACCUACCUGAUAGUGACUUUUGUACUUUUGCUCCCUGGACUAAACCAACACGGGAUCAUUUCGAAGUACAUUGGAAUGGCUAAAAGAGAGAUAAACAAGCUUCUCAAACAAAAGGAAAAGAAAAAUGAAUAACCAUCUGCUCUGUUCAGUGUGAUUAAUGGAGUCUACAUUGUCCCUGGGAAGUUUCUCCUAUGAUCUCCAGAUACUAAAAUGUUACAUAAGUAACUCUUUGCUCUCCUUCCUACUGUCUUUAGUUGAUAGAGUCAGACUUAGCCACCUAAGGCUUUCUACAGUCUUUGUGUCAAGUGUAGCUGGGUGCAUCCCCAUCCUUGGCCUCAUGGACCAACUCAUUACUGAAUAUAACUUGUUUUGAUUUUUCUCACCCUGGGUCAAUUGAACUCUUUGUUUUAGAUAACUUCCUUUAAGAUACUAUAGUGGUGACCUUUAUGUAGUAUAGUGAACAGUGACUUUCGGUAACUGUUGGAGUGCUUUAGCUGGGUACUUAGCAGUGAUGUGGCUAUAGGAAGCUGCUUCUACUGUCUGCUUAAAAAGCUGUAUGGCUUCGUGAAUGUAGAGACCAAGUUUACCACUUCUGAUGAAGCGACCAGUGAAGAUUCAUUCCUCUUUCUGUUUCUUGAGCAUGGGAGAAAUUCCCAUGGAAUAAAGUGAAGCAAAUUCCAUGCCCUGGUAUGUAGAAUUUACUUCUCCCUUGUGCAGAAUUUAGCAAUUCAUCGUAAACAUUGACCUUUUCUCCCAAAUGGGGAAUCUGAUAGGCUUAUAGAGCUAUGGACUCCUUGGAUUUAGACUUCAAAUUAGUUCAUCCUUACAGGCUUACAAAAGAUUGUAUUUAGGAUUUUUAGCAUAUUUUAAAAUUCAGGUUCUCAGCCGACUUUAAAAUACAUACUAAUAGGCUAAGACUUGUCCAUGACCUUUACUCCAAGACCAGCCAGUAAAGGGCAAAAAUUUUCCUGUGUUUAGUUAAGAUUCAUUUCAGUAGAAAAUAAAUUUAGGGCCAGCCCAUGGAUUUAUCUACUAAUUUUUGAGACCAGAAUAAGCCUUUAAACGUAAGCCUCACAGUUGUCAUUUUGUGGCCAUACUGGCCAUUUUGGUCCUCAUACUUUAGGUAUAGGAAAUAGUGACUACAGUGGUGUCUGACUUUUCCCCUAGAUUUUUCUCUGAAAAUGCCAAGGGCUGUUGGUGAGAGCGGAUUUGCAGUGACAGUUGGGCUCUGAUCUAUGUCGAUUUUGUAACUCCUUGGAAAGCUUCUUGUUAUCCUUCUUUCCCUUUCAGUAGCUAGAAAUUUAUAGUAGUUGAAAUCUGUAGGAAUGAACCUCUGAGGGCCAAAAAUGUGACAUAUUCGGGAACAAUUCUUAAACUUAUGAACCAACUGUAAUAUAGUUUUGUGAAUUUAUUGCACUGAUACUGUAAAACUUGUACCUUGUGGUAUAUCUGUCCCUAUAUAAGUGUUGUUUUCUCCCCUUCAAUAUUGUUGUAAGUGGUGGUUCCCAUUGUAGUGUGUGAUUUUUUUUUUUAUGUUUCAUAAGAAAACUACCUUAAUUUUACAUGUUUCCUCAUUGUAAAUAAGCCUGUCUUCCUAACCAGAUUUUUUUUGUGUGUGAAUACAUGUUCUACUAAUUAACUACUUUUCGAAUUUUAAUCCUGUGUUAGUUCUUCUAUUUUUUUGUGUGUAAAAGAGGAAAAAUUAAAAAAAGCUGGAAUCUC